CUCCUUACAAGCCAAGAUAACAAGCAGAGUGAUAUUCACAGCGCUGAUGUUUGGAAGGCAAGUAAUACUGCUGUGAUCUGCCAGACGAACUACUACGGACGUGUGACAAGAAUUUCGUUUUUUUUUUUAACCUUUACUGACUAUGCUCAUGUCGCUCUUGAGCUGUGUAGACUUGAAACCUUUUGAAUGAAUCGGCCUCGUUAUCAUUCAGGACCAUAUGUUGAGAAAGCCGAGCGGAGGAAGAAGAAACGACAGUUUGGGGAGGCUGUCUGGACCGGAGGACGAAAAGCGGCUAGCUAAUAGUAACUCACAGCUGUGGUGCCAAGAGGGAUAUCCACACUCAAAGUGACAUCGCCAUCAAACAGGACACGGAACAGAGGAUAAUCUGGCCCAGGAUAGUCUUGUCAAUCACCUGGCGUCGAGAAGAAGAUAAGUUAGUUGGCUUGGUGCGAAGAUAACACCUGACUACGGCGACGUUGGCAAACACUGUCACCUCAAAAUAGAAAGAAACAAAACUAGGGUCCACCCGCCGUCCAGUGUUUUGAGGAUGAAUCACUUAUCCUUCAGCGAGCUAUGCUGCCUGUUCUGCUGUCCACCGUGCCCUAGUAAGAUUGCCUCUAAGCUGGCCUUCCUGCCCCCAGAGCCCACCUACAGCCUCAUGUGUGAUGAGAGUGGCAGCCGAUGGACGCUGCACCUCUCCGAGCGCGCUGACUGGCAGUAUUCGGCCCGGGAGAAGGACGCCAUCGAGUGUUUCAUGACACGCACCUCAAGAGGGAACCGCAUUGCCUGCAUGUUUGUCCGCUGCUCACCCAGCGCUCGUUACACGCUAUUAUUCUCUCAUGGAAACGCAGUGGACUUGGGCCAGAUGAGCAGCUUCUACAUUGGCCUGGGUUCACGGAUCAACUGCAAUGUCUUCUCAUACGACUACUCGGGUUAUGGGGCCAGUUCUGGGAAACCCUCGGAGAAGAACCUGUAUGCUGAUGUAGACGCUGCCUGGCAGGCACUCCGGUCAAGGUAUGGCAUCCGGCCAGAGAGCGUGAUCGUGUAUGGCCAGAGCAUUGGCACGGUGCCCUCUGUGGACCUGGCAUCUCGUUAUGAGAGCGCUGCAGUCAUCCUCCACUCCCCGCUCACCUCUGGCAUGAGAGUGGCCUUCCCUGACACCAAGAAGACCUACUGCUUUGAUGCCUUCCCAAACAUCGACAAGAUUUCCAAGGUAACGUCACCGGUUCUGGUGAUCCAUGGUACAGAGGACGAGGUCAUCGACUUCUCCCAUGGCCUGGCGCUGUAUGAACGCUGUCAGCGCCCUGUGGAGCCGCUCUGGGUGGAGGGGGCUGGACACAAUGACGUUGAGCUGUACGGGCAGUACCUGGAGAGACUCAAACAGUUUGUUGCACAUGAGCUAGUCAACUUAUAGAGGAGCUGGAGAUAUGGGUGGAGAGGGAAGAAGAGAAGAAAACAAUAGUUCCCAGGAAAGGUUGGAUGAUGGACAAAGGGGUACAACCUUUUUUUCUUUUUCGUGAAGUAUUCCAGGUAGAAGUGGUGUUUGUCUGUGUGGUACUGACUUAAUGGCGACAGACUUCUCUCAAUAUGGAGCACCUCUCCCCCUUGGAGCUCAAGUUCACCACGGCCCUCGGCCUGUCAGUACUGUCCACUCCACAUGCUGCAGCUGUGAACUCACAACUCCCCAUCAUUUUGUUUUGCUUUUUAGAUUUUCUUUUUAUCAUGUUGAAAAUUGCACAUCAUGAAAGCGUGUGAAUGAAAGAGGAAGUAGUCAUGUGCACAGACAACAUACCAUGUGUAUAUGCAAUAUAUGAGUGUGUGUGUGUGUAUCAUAUUUUUGCUGCCUUUUGAGAAGAAUAUGGUCCACUGUUCUUAAUGGAGACCUCUGGUCAGCUCCAGAGACUUUUGGCUGGACUGGACCAGAAAUGGACCUGACUUUUUUUUUUUUUUUUUUUUGGAUUAUUGUUGAUUAUAUUUUUUUAUAUUGUACAUGAUAUUUGCACGUAUCAGCUGUCACUGAAGAACUGUACAAGACGAACUGACAUAUUACCUAGCUGUGCCAGUGUUGCCAAAUGUAUAGUAUAAUGUAUUGCAGACGUAGACACACAAAGAAGUACAAAUAACACCUAGAAACAUCUUGAAAGCUCUAUUAGCUGUAUUCAGUCACUACUUCUUUGUUUAGUCUUAAAAUGGUACAAUAUUAUGUUACAAUCUACGAAAAGAAUACGAUCAGUCAGCUCAGUCAGCAGCUCACAUAGCCAGUGAAAAGGCUGAGGCUGUAUAUCAUUGACCAAUAAGGUAUGAGUUAUCUCCUCACAUUGUCUUAUUAAAAACCUUUCCACAGUUCCUACUUUUGAGUUUACCUUGAAGUAUCAUUGCUAUAAGAUCAGCAUCACUACACUCAGUCUUGAGUCUAUAAACUCGAUGUUUUCAGAAAAAUGAAACGAUUGACCAUUUUGUGGACAAAAUAUCUGACCCCUCUUUGCGGAUAAUAAGUAUUCGCCUUGAUAUAGUUAAGAUGCUAUAAGAUGAUACUGUUAAAAAUCGCUGUUGACAGUGUUUUUUUUUUCUGACGAAAUCAAGUUAACUAAUGUAUGUAGUUGUUAUUAUUACAGAUCUCACUUAUGUACCUGAAUCAGAUCUUUCUAGAUUUGUCUUUUUAUAUGAUAAAAAUGUAACUACUGUGACAGCAGCUCUGUGCUCUGAUCAAGACUUGCACCACUAAUGCCAAUCAAGACUGAACGUUGACCAUUAUUAAUACAGCUGGUUUUGAUUCAUUUUCACAUCAGGAAGUUGUUAAAAAUUACUGUUUUUUUAAGUUAUUGAGAAAUUUUGACUUCAGAUCAUUUGAGCUGAAAAUGAAUGGACUCCACUCACUUACAAUAUGGGUUAUGUCACCGUAAGUGGCUCAGCAUUAAUGGCCGCCAUGGUCAACAGAAUGUUUUUCUUUUGUUUUUGUCUUAACUUUUAUCUUUUGGUCUGCAUGGUAUUUCUGGAACCAUUGUUGUCUGUUGAUUUUUCCCUUUAAUGCUGAGUGAGGCAAAACAAAGCAUUAGCCAGCUGAUGACUCUAUUAAGGUACUAUCAGUGCCCUGUAAAGCAAAUGUCUAAAAGUGCUACUGCAUGCCACAAAUGGCUAGUUUCUCAUGUUUUUGGCCUGUAUAACAAACACAGAACGAUCAUUCUCUCAUGGGUAUUGUUAAUACCUGUAUUACACUUGAACCUGUGUUCACAAUAGGGGUAAAAUACUGUUGUUAAGUGAUGAUUAACCAAUAAGCCAAUGGGUGCUACUGUAAACCUUCAGGUCUGAUUACUUACAGGUUGAGAGGAAGCAAAGACAGUUUGAUGUUUGUCAGAUUGACCAAUAUCCAGAUCAGGAUUGGUAACUGGUCAUUGUCAGGCGAUGGUCUGUUAUUAUGAAAACUACUUUUUUCACGACUCAUUUGUCUUAUAAAUAAGGUUAUGCUUUCUUUGAUUUUCACUUUGUAAAUAGUAUUUGAACUGGAUAUGUUGUCAUGUUUAUUUUGCUUUCACAAACUUUUGUCAUCAUCUCUGAACUGUAGUUAUUCUUACUUCUAACUCUUGAUAUGACAACUAUUAAGCCCAAGGUAGGCCACGAUUUUGGCUUUUCAGAUGACCUUUGUACUGGUCACCUUGACUAAUGUCAUCUCUGAUUUGAUUAUAUUAAUUUUGUAUAGCAUAUUUCAAUACAGAAGGAACUUAUAUGUAAUGAAAAUAUUAAUAUAGUAAUUCUAACAUGGAUAGAGACAAUAAAAUGGUAUUUGAGAAGCAACAAAUUUUGUCACUGAACUUUUGAUUUUUGGUGAAAACAUUUUAUGCUUCUUAAUUUUA